AUGCUCCAAAAGGCGGCCGGGGCUGGAAUUGAACUUUUGCCAAGAGAACCCCCAAUACAACCAGAAGAGAUGUUCGAUUGGAUCUGGGCAAUAGUACAAGCCGUUUCACACAUUGUUUGGAUGGGAUGCGAUUUUCUUGGCUGGAGCACCGUUUGGGUGCGAAAUGCGAUAAAGAAGAAGGAGCUACAACGACUGAACCACCAAUUCCGGACACCCACACACUUGGCUGUGACGUUCACGGAAGAACAACAUAUUCGACUGAAAGAUGUCACUCGAUUCCUUGAAUUGACGAUGUCUGCCGGGGUUCGUCGUGUUUCGCUCUACGAUCCUUGGGGGAAAUGUCUCCGCAUGAGGGCGCAAUUGGAAAAGGCAUUGAUGAACGAGGAAGUUGAAUUCUUUGCCGAAGAAGAGUUUCCCGACUUGAAAGCUCUUUCAUUUGCUGUGCAACUUCUUGGGCCGGCUGCAGGACGUCAAACAGUGGUCAAUUCUAUAAAAGAGCUUCUAUCAAGCGAGGAGCCAUUGACAGCGCAGCAACUCGAUAAUAUUCUCUUGACACGUGGAAUCAUCGAGCCCGAAAUGCUUAUCAAAGUUGGCGCUCUUCCGACAAUGGCUGGAUAUCCACCACUUUCACUUCGUGUCACUGAAAUCGUUUCGUUGAGAUCAUUGCCGACAUCAAGAUCAACUUUUCACUCGGCGCUUCUCGACUAUUCUAGGCGUGAUAUCAGACUAGGAAAA